AUGUCUGACUGGGCCAGCAAGCUACAACGAAAGGAUUCUGUAAAAGAAGGAACCAAAGAAAAGUCACGUGCCGCUUCCAAUACCAAAGCAGCUCCCAAAGAGGCAGUUGCGCCCGGCGGACAGAUCAACACUACACCGACUGAUAAGAAACCCGUGACUAAACCAGAGUUUGUUGAGUUCAACGGCGAAGAAGUUGCUGCUUUUCUCCAUGCGGCGUACACAGCAGUGCUAGAAGAAGCGAAAAAGGACAAAGCCGGUGAAAAAGUCAGAAUCUACCAAUCCUUGGAGAGUCCAUCUGGAUGGACCAGAGCAGUAGGAAACAAGAAGGAAGACCGCCACGUGAACGUUGUGACGGAGGUUUCCCGGCAGCUCACAGCACAGAGAAAAAAGUGA